AUGAGACUAAAAGCUUAAUUUGUGCAGAAUUAGGAACAGUCAUAAAUGAAUGUUGUGAGAUCACUAACAUCUAAUAAUAGAAUAAGAAAUCAAUCAAUUAUUUAGUGUCUCAACUUCCUAGUAUUGUAGAUGAUUAUCAUAAAUUUGAUAAUUUACUCAAUACAGAUACUACUUGGUUUGAACUAGAAAUAAAAAAAAUUGUCUAAGACAGUAGAAAAGUAAACAAAGAAACGACUGCCAAAGAAAUUCUAAAUACAGAAAAUGCCUAUCAAGCAAACAAGAAGUAUUGAAAAAGGAUAAGUUUACCUCAAGAAUAUUGGGUGGAAAAUGGUGAAGGAUAUGCAAAUUUACUCUUUUGAUUGGGUGAAAAAUUUAUUUUAAGAUUACUAAUAAUAUAAUUUUUAGCACCCUUUUUAGCUUUAACAAAAAAAAAUGAUAAUGAAUUUUUUUUAAUUAAAAUAAAAAAACUAAAAUCUUUAAUUAGCUAUUAACUUUUUAUUAUAAUAAAGCAAUUUGAUUGUAUAUUGGUUUUGA